AUGCUGUGUAAAUUACCACUCAUAGUCAUUACGACUCUCCUUGCCGGCACUCAAGCCAACCCCUGUCCUCCUACUGGUUACACUCUCCCAUCAAUACAACGCCCAAGCAACUCGACUUUCGUGAAGGAGACUCUGGCAAAUAUCAAGCAGAAUCUUGCCAACCUCACAUCCUCCGAUGAGCUCAAUAGCACCGCCAUUGCCAUCGGCGUAAAGUCUGUCCACGAGGAUAGCCCGCUAUUCGAAUUCUACCAUACGCCCGCAAUAGCAGAGGCUACUGGCACCAAGGAGGUUACCAUUGACACAGUGUUUCGCGGCGGUAGUAUUACGAAGCUUUUCACUGUCUUGACCGCCCUCCAGGACUCCCACAUCAAAGGCAGCGAUCCCGUCACUAAGUAUCUACCACAACUCAAGGAAGGAACAGUCAAAACACCGGAGAACAGCUCUUUCAAUGUUAUUCCGUGGGAUACCAUUACAGUCGAGGACCUUGCAUCUCAUUUGUCUGGCAUUGGCGGCGACAUCGCUACGGAUCUUGCCAACUUUGCAGCUUACCCUUGGAAGCUGAUGGGCCUCCCAGCGAUUGCAAAUGAGACGCGACCCAAAUGCUCAGGACUUGAGGGUACAAAAGCCUGUACCGCAGAAGAUCUAAUUUCUGGCUUGAACAAAAAGCCGCUCGUCUUCCGACCGCACACUACGCCCAUCUACUCCAACCUCGGCAUCUCUCUCCUAAGUCUUGUGGUGGAGGCCGCCACGAACAAGACAUAUGAUGUUAUCCUUAACGAGACCAUACUCAAACCGCUUGGUCUAACCAACACCUCCGUCACUGGCCCAGUCCAAGACUCAUGGGGUUUUAUUCCCAAAGGGGAACCCACAUGGAAAGGAGAUCUCGGUGUCUACACCAGCGCCGGCGGCAUCUACACCAACACCCGCGACAUGCUCAACUUCGGCACUGCCAUACUUUCCGAGAAGCUCUCCAUAGACUCUAAGUCCUGGCUGAAGCCUAAGUCCUUCACGACCUUCUCCGGUUAUUCUAUCGGCGCCCCCUGGGAGAUUUUGUCCUCCACGACUCUCCUUCCCACCGGAGUUCCUAUUCACAUCUACACCAAAUCCGGUGACCUCGGUCUCUACUCCAAUCUCCUCCUCCUGAUUCCUGAUUAUGACCUCACGGUUUCUAUUCUCACUGGCGGUCCCGCCUCCACGGAAUUCAUGUUCCCCACCAGAGUUAUUUCUGGAGUUAUUUCUGCACUGAUUCCUGCUCUCGAGCAAGCAAACAAAGAAGCCGCAGAAGCAGCCUUUGCUGGAACCUACGCCGACCCUGAGACGAACUCGACUGUCACUUUGUCUGUUGACGAUGGACCUGGUCUGUCGCUGACUGGCCUCAAACUUCGCGGGGUUCCCGUCCUACCCAACAUUCCCAAUUACAGCACUUCGAUCAAGCCCGGAAAGACCUUCAACAUUACUGCCAGGAUCUAUCCGACCAACAUCAAGGAAGGAGACGCAUGGUCUUGGCGUGCCGUCUAUGAGAAUCAUGACGAAGAAGAAGUUGAUGAUCAACUCUUCUUUCCCCAGGGUGGAUGCCAAACUUGGGGGUUGAUCGACCGCAACACGUACAACUAUCUUGCCUUUGAUGACUACGUCGUCACUAUUGGAGAGGAUGGGGCCUCUCAAAGCAUCUCGCCCAGACCAUUCGGUGUGACGUUAAAGAAGGUCAAGUCUUGA